UUAGGUUAAUGAGGAGAGAUCUGCAGAACAAAGGAAACCAGCACUUUAUACCUCCAGUCCCACCUCUACAGAGCUCGCCACAGCGGCCGCCGAAGUCAUAAUCUCUCCGGCCCGCAUAUAUUGUUUGCCGGUUGUCAUGGAUACAAUUCCAUUUUAGCGCACGAUAAAGUGAGCGGUUAUGAUAUUGAACCUCGACCUUCGGCCACGUGAGGGUGCAAGACGUGCAACAAAGUGAAGAUGUCGUCCAUAGCAAGGAUGAGUAUUCUCAGGAGACAGUAUAUACCGAGACGAGUGUGCGUAAGAUGGAGCAGUGGAGGGGAGGAGGGUGGAGAGGAAAGGUCGGGGAAGAAUAAGAGGAGGAUAGGCUUUGUUGAGAACUUCCUGAGCAACUUGCAGCAGGGGCUGCAGAGGAACAAGGAUAUGCAGGAGAGCCUGAAGGGGCUUCGCGAGGAGAGGGAGCGAAUGCAGCGUUCCUAUGUCCUGCAGCGUUGGAAAGAGGGAGCAGAGGAGGGGUGGGAGAAGGCCAGGGAGGGAGGGAGGAAAGGGUGGGAGUUGGUCCGAAACAGUUGGGGGAAGACCAGAGAAGGCCUGAGCAAGACAGUGUCAGGAGUGAGUGGAAGUGAGCUUGGAAGAAGAGGUAGUCACAUUGCUACGAAGACAGCAGAAAAGGUGGCAGACCAGGCAGAGGAGCUAGUGAAGACUGAUGUGGGCCAGGCCGUGCAGAAAGGAGCCACCGUUGUCAAGGAAGAAUUGCUCGAUGACAUCAUCAAACAUUCUGCUCCCUACAAACCACCAGAACGUAUCCAGACUAGGGCAGAGAUGAGUGCAGGUCAUGCCUCAUCAGCUGCCAGAGAUGAGGACUUCAUUCAACCCAAUGAUGACACAAAGGGGGUGACAGUAACGCAGCAGUCCAACUGGCGACAACGUUGGCAGAAACUGAGAGAAGAAAACCCAAUUUCCAACUUACUGUACUCACUAAGGAUGAGAUAUGAUGAAAGUGACCAUGUGGUGGUCCGAGGGAGCAGAGCAGUCACUGACCGAGUCGGAGAUGCCUUUGGCAGUGUCAUGAACCAAUCUGACAUGGCCCUCGCUCUCGCUGAGAUCAAGAAAAUCGAUCGAAGCUUUGACAAGGAAAAGUUCAUCGAGCGCUGUCGUUUUGAGAUCAUUCCCACUGUUCUGGAGGCAUACAUUCGUGGAGACCUCGAAGCUCUGAAAGAUUGGUGUCACGAGGCAGCCUACAGUGUGAUAGCAGCAGUGGUAAACCAGAGAGCAGAGCCUGGAGUGACCAUUGACUCCAGGAUUCUGGAGGUCCGGGACACUGACUUGCUGUGGCCCCAGAUAUUGAUGGCAAAGGUGUUGGACCCAGGGCCUGUCUUGGUCCUGAGUUUCCAGGCUCAGCAGCUCACCCUCAAGACCAGAGCUGGCAGCGAUACACAGGAGGAGCUACUGGAGAAUGUGUACUAUGUUUGGGCUCUGUGUCGGGACCAGUCACAAUACGAUCCCAUCACCGCAUGGAAGGUCCUCGAGUUUGGAAUUGCUGCUGCCGGGAAAAUGCUCGUCUAGCACACCUUUCACAAUAGCAUCAUCAUUUUUAUGAAUAAACAAAAACAGUUGUAUUCCAACGUGUACCCUGCUGCUGGCAGAGCACGUGUUACCAUAGUAACAGGUGUGGUACAACUUUUACAGAGAGGACAAGAAUGUGUAUGGAAAGUGGGCUCUAAAUAGAGUCUACUUCAAGAAUGCCGAAGCUACGGCCCAAAUGAUGUCACUGGCGCCUGGUUUCUGUGCCUCCACGUCAGGAUCAGCGUCCAGCAGUUCCCGGACCCUCUUCAUUGCAAGGUCAUACUCCUCGUCCUGCAGCGAUGCAAAUGCAUUCUCCAGGACGUCGGAGGCAUGGGCCAGCACAAUAAGAGCCAGAGUUCUGCGGUCCAUGCGGUUUGAUUCAUUGACCCAGCGAGACAGAACAGACUCCUGCACACGUUUCACCAGCCGCUGUUUGGCAGUGGUGUCUGUGAGAGGAUGCGUUGUCAUAUCAAACAGCACAAAGUUCUGUUUCUCUGUCGUGAGGACCCCCUUCUCCGCCAGGUUCUUGGCGAUCCUCUCUCUCACAUUGCGGAUCUGGUAGCGGAGGUUCAGAGGGUUCCAUGUCUCUCCUGCAGCAAGACCACCCUGCCUCCCCUCACACACUCAGAACUAUAUACACUCACCACUCAGGAGUUCUAUCCAGCUCUGCACGUUGUCGGGGGGACUAGUCUCCUUGAUGUGUUUCAGAGCUUCAUCCAACAGAACGUCGCCAGUCGGAGUGGCGUUUUUACAGAUGACCUUUCUUGAGAGAAGCCCUCUCCUCCUCAUGCCAGUCUUCUCCAGCUCAAUACGUCCUCUGAGGGCCAGCUCUACCAACAUGCACCCUCGCAGCCCCGAGGAUAUGCAGUCAUUCCAGAAUGAGGUGUAGCCCUCUCUGUCCUUGAGUCCGAGCAGCAGAACCUCUUCCAUUAGUGUCAGCUUCAUGGCUUUGGUGUCACCUCCUUCCUCGUCAUAACCAGCGGCAUCUUUGUCGGGGGCGUCGGGGUCCUUUCCCCCCGGAGGUCCCCAUCCUGUUGCUCCCUCGCUCGUCUCUUCCUCUGUCUCUCCCGUCCGCUGAACAUGUCUUCCUGUUCUCCGCGUAGCCAUGGCGCGAGUUUGAAAUACGUCUUCUCUUUUACGUCGUUCCUAACUGGAGUUCAUGACAGGACACACAGUCAGUACACUAUCUUUAGCCACAUUCACUCCACUCUCUCCUGGCUCUCGCUCGCGCAAAAAAACGAGCGAGGUCCAGACGGAGAACCAGCGGGCAAAAAAAUUUGAAAUUCGGU